AACAAUUUGAAAUAUUGGAAGAAAGAAACAAAAUAUAAAAGAAGAACGAGACUCAAUGGAAACCAUAAAGCUUGAACUGCUCAAUAAGAUGGAACAUGUAAACAGGCUGUUACAUGAGACAAAUGACGAAAAAGCCAAGAUUAAAAAUUGUAUCCUUCAGGUUCAAAUGGAAAAAGAAAGACUUGAAGACAUUUUAAGCAAGAUUUUCUUAACACAUAAUGAAGAAAAAGUCAAGGAAGAUGACCUCAGAAGACAAACAAAAGAAGUGGAAAUCAUGAGUGAAGAAAAAGAAGAGAUGAAAGAGAUGAAGACUGACAUUGCCAAAGAACGAGAAGUGUUGUUGAAGGAAAGGAGAAAUAUGGAAGAAGAGCGGUCUGAGAUGGAAAUGAGAGGAGACCAAGUCAUGGAUGAAAUGAAAUUGCUAGAGAUUCUGAAAGUGAAACUUCAACAACUGAAGGAGGAUAUAAAAGCCAAAAUGGAGAGAUUACUACAAAAUUUUGACAACAGGUCAAGGCUGCAAACAGUGUUGGAAGAAAAACUUCCAACCCAAGACGAACUGAAAGAAAGCAUUCGCUGUUUCACUGAAAUGUUAGAGAGAGAAAAGGAAGGUGUGAGAAGUAUCCUUUCAGACAUGGUCACCAAGAGAGAAUGCACAGAAAAUGAAUGGAAGAAGCAGUUUGAACUGGACAAACGAGAACUUGAUAAAGUGAAAGAAGAUCUGAAACAUGACAGAGAAGAUCUGGAGAGAGAAAGUGAGGUGUUGAAUAAAGAGAAAAUGGAUUUGAAGGUGUUGAUGUCUGACAUCAAGAAACAAUUUGAAAUAUUGGAAGAAAAGAAACAAAAUAUAAAAGAAGAACGAGACUCAAUGGAAACCAUAAAGCUUGAACUGCUCAAUAAGAUGGAACAUGUAAACAGGCUGUUACAUGAGACAAAUGACGAAAAAGCCAAGAUUAGAAAUUGUAUCCUUCAGGUUCAAAUGGAAAAAGAAAGACUUGAAGACAUUUUAAGCAAGAUUUUCUUAACACAUAAUGAAGAAAAAGUCAAGGAAGAUGACCUCAGAAGACAAACAAAAGAAGUGGAAAUCAUGAGUGAAGAAAAAGAAGAGAUGAAAGAGAUGAAGACUGACAUUGCCAAAGAACGAGAACUGUUGUUGAAGGAAAGGAGAAAUAUGGAAGAAGAGCGGUCUGAGAUGGAAAUGAGAGGAGACCAAGUCAUGGAUGAAAUGAAAUUGCUAGAGAUUCUGAAAGUGAAACUUCAACAACUGAAGGAGGAUAUAAAAGCCAAAAUGGAGAGAUUACUACAAAAUGUUGACAACAGGUCAAGGCUGCAAACAGUGUUGGAAGAAAAACUUCCAACCCAAGACGAACUGAAAGAAAGCAUUCGCUGUUUCACUGAAAUGUUAGAGAGAGAAAAGGAAGGUGUGAGAAGUAUCCUUUCAGAAAUGGUCACCAAGAGAGAAAGCACAGAAAAUGAAUGGAAGCAGCAGUUUGAACUGGACAAACGAGAGCUUGAUGAAGUGAAAGAAGAUCUGAGACACGACAGAGAAGAUCUGGAGAGAGAAAGUGAGGUGCUGAAUAAAGAGAAAAUGGAUUUGAAGGUGUUGAUGUCUGACAUCAAGAAACAAUUUGAAAUAUUGGAAGAAAAGAAACAAAAUAUAAAAGAAGAACGAGACUCAAUGGAAACCAUAAAGCUUGAACUGCUCAAUAAGAUGGAACAUGUAAACAGGCUGUUACAUGAGACAAAUGACGAAAAAGCCAAGAUUAAAAAUUGUAUCCUUCAGGUUCAAACGGAAAAAGAAAGACUUGAAGACAUUUUAAGCAAGAUUUUCUUAACACAUAAUGAAGAAAAAGUCAAGGAAGAUGACCUCAGAAGACAAACAAAAGAAGUGGAAAUCAUGAAAAAGGAAUUACAGAGUGAAAGAGCAAAAGUGGAGAGUCUGAUGAGGAAUCUGAAGAAGAAGCAAGAAGAGCUCGAACGUGCAAAGGGAAUCAUGAGUGAAGAAAAAGAAGAGAUGAAAGAGAUGAAGACUGACAUUGCCAAAGAACGAGAACUGUUGUUGAAGGAAAGGAGAAAUAUGGAAGAAGAGCGGUCUGAGAUGGAAAUGAGAGGAGACCAAGUCAUGGAUGAAAUGAAAUUGCUAGAGAUUCUGAAAGUGAAACUUCAACAACUGAAGGAGGAUAUAAAAGCCAAAAUGGAGAGAUUACUACAAAAUGUUGACAACAGGUCAAGGCUGCAAACAGUGUUGGAAGAAAAACUUCCAACCCAAGACAAACUGAAAGAAAGCAUUCGCUGUUUCACUGAAAUGUUAGAGAGAGAAAAGGAAGGUGUGAGAAGUAUCCUUUCAGAAAUGGUCACCAAGAGAGAAUGCACAGAAAAUGAAUGGAAGCAGCAGUUUGAACUGGACAAACGAGAGCUUGAUAAAGUGAAAGAAGAUCUGAGACACGACAGAGAAGAUCUGGAGAGAGAAAGUGAGGUGCUGAAUAAAGAGAAAAUGGAUUUGAAGGUGUUGAUGUCUGACAUCAAGAAACAAUUUGAAAUAUUGGAAGAAAAGAAACAAAAUAUAAAAGAAGAACGAGACUCAAUGGAAACCAUAAAGCUUGAACUGCUCAAUAAGAUGGAACAUGUAAACAGGCUGUUACAUGAGACAAAUGACGAAAAAGCCAAGAUUAAAAAUUGUAUCCUUCAGGUUCAAACGGAAAAAGAAAGACUUGAAGACAUUUUAAGCAAGAUUUUCUUAACACAUAAUGAAGAAAAAGUCAAGGAAGAUGACCUCAGAAGACAAACAAAAGAAGUGGAAAUCAUGAAAAAGGAAUUACAGAGUGAAAGAGCAAAAGUGGAGAGCCUGAUGAGGAAUCUGAAGAAGAAGCAAGAAGAGCUUGAACAUGCAAAAGGAAUCAUGAGUGAAGAAAAAGAAGAGAUGAAAGAGAUGAAGACUGACAUUGCCAAAGAACGAGAAGUGUUGUUGAAGGAAAGGAGAAAUAUGGAAGAAGAGCGGUCUGAGAUGGAAAUGAGAGGAGACCAAGUCAUGGAUGAAAUGAAAUUGCUAGAGAUUCUGAAAGUGAAACUUCAACAACUGAAGGAGGAUAUAAAAGCCAAAAUGGAGAGAUUACUACAAAAUGUUGACAACAGGUCAAGGCUGCAAACAGUGUUGGAAGAAAAACUUCCAACCCAAGACGAACUGAAAGAAAGCAUUCGCUGUUUCACUGAAAUGUUAGAGAGAGAAAAGGAAGGUGUGAGAAGUAUCCUUUCAGACAUGGUCACCAAGAGAGAAGCACAGAAAAUGAAUGGAAGCAGCAGUUUGAACUGGACAAACGAGAACUUGAUAAGUGAAAGAAGAUCUGAACAUGACAGAGAAGAUCUGGAGAGAGAAAGUGAGGUGUUGAAUAAAGAGAAAAUGGAUUUGAAGGUGUUGAUGUCUGACAUCAAGAAACAAUUUGAAAUAUUGGAAGAAAAGAAACAAAAUAUAAAAGAAGAACGAGACUCAAUGGAAACCAUAAAGCUUGAACUGCUCAAUAAGAUGGAACAUGUAAACAGGCUGUUACAUGAGACAAAUGACGAAAAAGCCAAGAUUAAAAAUUGUAUCCUUCAGGUUCAAAUGGAAAAAGAAAGACUUGAAGACAUUUUAAGCAAGAUUUUCUUAACACAUAAUGAAGAAAAAGUCAAGGAAGAUGACCUCAGAAGACAAACAAAAGAAGUGGAAAUCAUGAAAAAGGAAUUACAGAGUGAAAGAGCAAAAGUGGAGAGUCUGAUGAGGAAUCUGAAGAAGAAGCAAGAAGAGCUCGAACGUGCAAAGGGAAUCAUGAGUGAAGAAAAAGAAGAGAUGAAAGAGAUGAAGACUGACAUUGCCAAAGAACGAGAACGUUGUUGAAGGAAAGGAGAAAUAUGGAAGAAGAGCGGUCUGAGAUGGAAAUGAGAGGAGACCAAGUCAUGGAUGAAAUGAAAUUGCUAGAGAUUCUGAAAGUGAAACUUCAACAACUGAAGGAGGAUAUAAAAGCCAAAAUGGAGAGAUUACUACAAAAUGUUGACAACAGGUCAAGGCUGCAAACAGUGUUGGAAGAAAAACUUCCAACCCAAGACGAACUGAAAGAAAGCAUUUGCUGUUUCACUGAAAUGUUAGAGAGAGAAAAGGAAGGUGUGAGAAGUAUCCUUUCAGACAUGGUCACCAAGAGAGAAUGCACAGAAAAUGAAUGGAAGAAGCAGUUUGAACUGGACAAACGAGAACUUGAUAAAGUGAAAGAAGAUCUGAAACAUGACAGAGAAGAUCUGGAGAGAGAAAGUGAGGUGUUGAAUAAAGAGAAAAUGGAUUUGAAGGUGUUGAUGUCUGACAUCAAGAAACAAUUUGAAAUAUUGGAAGAAAAGAAACAAAAUAUAAAAGAAGAACGAGACUCAAUGGAAACCAUAAAGCUUGAACUGCUCAAUAAGAUGGAACAUGUAAACAGGCUGUUACAUGAGACAAAUGACGAAAAAGCCAAGAUUAGAAAUUGUAUCCUUCAGGUUCAAACGGAAAAAGAAAGACUUGAAGACAUUUUAAGCAAGAUUUUCUUAACACAUAAUAAAGAAAAAGUCAAGGAAGAUGGCCUCAGAAGACAAACAAAAGAAGUGGAAAUCAUGAAAAAGGAAUUACAGAGUGAAAGAGCAAAAGUGGAGAGUCUGAUGAGGAAUCU